AUGGCGAGGCGGGCAGGAGAGAAACCUCUGGUUUUGACGCCGGAUACGCGCGCAGCUUUCCGGGAGAAACACCGCCUGUUUCACGGGAGCUUCUUGGCUUUUUCUUGGAGCUUCGUUUUAAUCUUGUCGGCUCUUUCUUGUGGAUAUUGCGGAGCUGAGACGGAGUUUUCCAUCCUGGAAGAAGCGCAAGUUUUGGCCGAGCAGAUGAAAAAGCUGUCCUCGCAGGAGCUAGGAGUCUUUACUAUGCAGAGGAUUUUCAGCUCGUUUGUGUACACCGAGAAGACAUCAAACGGAGAGACAGAAGUGCAGCAGUUGGCCAAAAAGAUUCGUGAAAAGUUUAACCGCUACCUGGAUGUGGUGAACAGGAACAAACAGGUGGUGGAGGCCUCAUACACCGCUCACCUCACCUCCCCACUCACUGCGAUACAGGAUUGCUGUUCCAUACCUGCAUCAAUGAUGGAGUUUGAUGGAAACUUCAAUACCAACGUCUCCAAGACCAUCUGCUGUGACAGACUUUCCCCCACCGUCAACAGCCGAGCUUUCAACCCUGGACGGGACCUCAACUCAGUGUUGGCAGACAACCUGAAGUCCAACCCGGGUAUAAAGUGGCAGUACUUCAGCUUGGAGGAGGGCAUCUUCACAGUCUUCCCUGCCCACAAGUUCCAAUGCAAAGGAAGUUAUGAACACCGCAGCAGGCCUGUGUAUGUGUCUUCAGUGCGUCCCCAGUCUAAACACAUCGUGGUGAUGGUGGACCACGGAGCGUCUGUAACUGACACCCAGCUUCAGAUCGCCCGAGACUCUGCGCUGGUCAUCCUCAACGCCAUAGAUGAACAUGACAAGAUCUCCAUUUUGUCAGUGGCAGAGACGGUUCGCUCUUGUUCUCUGGACCAGUGCUAUAAGAGUCUGCUCUCUCCAGCCACCAGUGAGACCAAGAGGAAGAUGAGCACCUUCAUCUCCAACAUCAAGGCCUCUGAUGGAGCCACACAGCAUGCAGUGGGCUUCCAGAAGGCCUUCCAGCUGCUCCGAAACACCAGCAGUCUCUGCAAACAUAGUACCACCACAGACAUGGUGAUCAUCUACUUGUCGUCUGGUAUCACAUCUCGCGAGUCAUCAGAGCAGGACAAGAGAGCGACGCUCAGCGUGGUCAGAGAGGAGAACCGACACCUGAACAACUCUGUUAUGAUCCUCACCUAUGCUCUCAUGAAUGAGGGAGUAACAGGCCUGAAGGAGCUGGCCUUCCUGAGGGAUCUUGCGGAGCAAAAUUCAUUGAAAUACAGUGUUGAGCGAAUGUCUGACCGAGACCGCUCCUUUGUGGCGUCCUCGUCGGGAUCAGCAGGAGCUUCCAUGAUGCCGGUGAUGAAGGGAAGCAUGAUGGUACUAAAUCAGCUGAGCAACCUGGAGACAACAGUAGGCCGUUUCUACAUUAACCUGCCCAAUCGCAUGAUUGACCUGGCCCGCUUCAGCCUGCCCUACUCUGACCCCAUGGGAGAUGGGUUUAUUAUGACUGUGAGCCGGCCCUGUUAUUUCGGUAACCUGCUCCUGGGGGUGGUUGGGGUUGAUGUGAACCUGGCCUACAUCUUGGAGGAUGUCACCUACUACCAAGACUCACUGGCAUCAUACACAUUCCUCAUUGACAACAAAGGUUACACCCUGAUGCAUCCAUCACUGACACAGCCCUACCUGAUGACAGAGCCUCCCCUGCACACUGACAUUAUCCACUACGAGAAUAUCCCAGCAUUCCCUGCUGUCCGACAGAACAUCCUUGGCCUCCCUCUGGGCAGUCAGGUCAUUACCGUGCCAGUCAACUCGUCUCUGUCCUGGCACACCAACAGACUCAGGGACAACAGCAAAGACGCUUACAACGUCAGCUACGCCUGGAAACUGGUUCAGGACACAUCAUUCAUCCUGUGCAUCGUGUAUGUGCAGCCUGAGAUCCCAGUGAAGCAGCUGAAGAACCUGAACACAGCUCCUAGCUCCAAGCUACUGUACCAUCGUUUAGACCUGCUGGGACAGCCCAGUUCGUGCCUGCACUUCAAACAGCUUGCCACAGUUGAGUCCCCCACUGUGAUGUUGGCAGCUGGCAGUUUCUCCUCUCCCUACGAGCACCUCAGUCAGCCAGAAACAAAGCGCAUGGUGGAGCACUACACCGCCUACCUGAGUGAUAACACCAGGCUCAUAGCCAACCCAGGCCUCAAGUCUUCUGUCAGGAACGAAGUUAUGGCGACCAGUCAUGUCACGGAUGAGUGGAUGACACUAAUGGAAAUGAGUAGCCUCAACUGCUACAUUGUGCGUCGUUACAUAGCAACGCCUAGUGGGGUGCUCCGGAUUUACCCAGGAUCACUGAUGGACAAAGCCUUCGACCCGACCCGCAGACAAUGGUACCAGCAUGCUGUGGCUAACCCCGGCCUCAUCACCUUCACUGGACCGUACCUUGAUGUGGGUGGGGCGGGCUAUGUUGUCACCAUUAGCCACACCAUCCAUGCUUCCAGCUCUCAGAUGGCCCCUGGUUAUGCUAUUGCAGUGAUGGGUAUAGACUUCACUCUACGCUACUUCUAUAAGGUCCUGCUGGACCUGCUGCCCAUCUGCAACCAGGACAAGGGCAACAAGAUCAGGUGCUUCAUAAUGGAGGACAGAGGGUACCUUGUAGCUCACCCCACUCUCAUUGACCCCAAAGGUCAUGCCCCUGCAGAACAACAGCACAUCACACACAAGGAGCCGCUGGUGGCUAAUGACAUCCUGAACCAUCCAAAUUUUGUCAAGAAAAACCUGUGUAACAGCUUCAGUGACCGCACGGUGCAGCGCUUCUACAAGUUCAACACCAGCAUAAUGGGUGACCUAACCAACCUGGUCCAUGGUAGCCAUUGUUCCAAGUACCGCCUGACCCGAAUCCCCGGCACAAACGCCUUUGCUGGUAUCGUCAACGAGACGUGUGACUCCCUGGCGUUCUGCGCCUGCAGCACUGUGGACCGGCUCUGUCUCAACUGCCACAGAAUGGAGCAAAAUGAAUGUGAAUGUCCAUGUGAGUGCCCCCUGGAGGUCAAUGAGUGUACUGGCAACCUCACCAAUGCUGAAAACAGAAACCCUAGCUGUGAAGUGCAUCAGGAGCCAGUCAGUCUGAAUGUGAUUGAUCCAAGUCUGCAUGAUACUCUGCCCCAGUGUAUCAACACUCUCUGUAGCCAGAGAUACACUAGCAGUGACUGUUUUGGCGUGUUGGACUGUGAGUGGUGCAUGGUGGACAGUGAUGGUAAGACUCAUCUCGACAAGCCAUACUGUGCCCUGCAGAAGGAGUGUUUUGGGGGAAUCGUUGGCGCAAAGAGUCCCUAUGCAGAUGGCCUGGGACUCCUUGAUGAAGAGGUGGCAUCUCUGAACAUGAUCAAGAGUGCCCCUGUGGGUCCAGUCGCCGGGGGCAUUAUGGGAUGCAUCAUGGUGUUGGUGUUGGCUGUGUAUGCAUACAGACACCAGAUCCACAGGCGUUCACACCAGCACAUGUCACCACUGGCAGCACAGGAAAUGUCAGUGAGAAUGUCCAACCUGGAUAAUGAAAGAGAUGAGAGGGAUGAAGACAGCCAUGAGGACAGAGGAAUCAUCAGUAAUACUCGAUUCAUUGCUGCGGUGAUUGAGAGGCACACUCACACUCCUGAAAGGAGACGGAGGUACUGGGGACGAUCUGGGACAGAGAGUGACCAUGGCUACAGCACCAUGAGUCCGCAGGAGGACAGUGAGAAUCCACCUGGAAACAACGAUCCGCUCUCGGCCGGUGUCGACGUUGGUAACCACGAUGAUGACCUCGACCUGGACACGCCUCCUCAGACUGCCGCAUUGCUCAGCCACAAGUUUCACCCAUACCGGCACACGCAUACACACCACCACCCGCUGCACACACACCACCUGCAGGCUGCGGUCACCGUGCACAGUGUGGACGCAGAGUGCUGAUCUUCAGUGCGGCAUUCACCCUCCUGCCAGGGUUGGAACAUUUUUUUUUUAAUUAAAGACUAUUUUUAAAAACAUUUUUGCUUGAUUAGACAGCGCACAGUAGUUGUGUCAGGAUGGACUGAGGGGGAGAAAAGCCACAGCUGGACUCAAACACAGUGUCACUGGGUCGCUGGGACCUCUGCCAUGAAUGGAUGUUUAGCUUAAUAUGAGUAUUAGCCUCAUGGUGUCAUUGUGCCAACAUCUCCAUCUCAACGUUUUUUUUAACCCCAGUGCAAAAUCUGACAAGUGUACACAUUUUUACAUACACUGAAAAUUACCAGACCUGGGCCAGUAAAAAUAACCAAAUGGGAUUCUGAAUGAAUUUGGCAUUCAGGACUCUGUAAGAGCACACCUUUGGCAGCAAACAAAAAAGCUGUUUGAGCCCAGUCAUUGAGGAGAGGAGACAACUUGAAACUUGAGGGAGGACAGACAUCUUCCUUUUCACGUGGAAGGCCAGAGCAAACUGUUGGAUAAUCAAAUUAACAUAGAAAUAUAAAUGCUGAUUUGACCCCUUUUGCCCCAAAGCCCUAUUCCAGCCGUCACACGUUGUUUCCCCACUAAGCCCACUUGUGGUGAGGGGCAUGGGGGCAACAGAGCACUCCUUUCAUUUGUGAAAACUUCUUGGUUCUGCAGAUAGACACUGCUCAGUUGGUUUUCUCUGAAAGUUGCGGCCAUUAUCCAAAGGAGUAACUGCUGGCCACUACAUGGUUUGAGAAGACAUUUUCAUGAGUGUCUGUGAACUUCAAAGUAUGGAAACAUUUCACAUAAAUAUAGAAAGAAACACUUUAAAGAAGAAAAAAAGCUUAUUUUUCUACUAUUUAUUAAAGAGGUAGAUUUUCGGGACAGAUGACCAAGCAGCUGCCGCUAAAACAAACAAGAAAGUAGUCAGGAUAAAUGAUACCGACCCACUUCCUGUAACCAAUGCAUCAAAUUUAGAGCUCAUUAUUUUCUGGGACUGGUUGUGUUUAUUUUGAAUUUUGAGAAUAUCAGUAAUAUGUUAAUGUUGAUUGCUGUGUGAAAUUUCAAAAAAAAAAUUAUUUUUCAUCACAUUGAGGGACUGUAUAAUCAGCAACUCAUUUAGAUUUUAUUUCCCCUUUUCUCUUCGCUUUCUUUUACCAGAAGUAUAUCCUGACCUAUCCUUUCCACCAGAGGAUCCAAUUUACUAUACAGUGUGGUGAACAGUGUCUUCUUCAAGCGGGAAACAUUUUUGGAUGAGCAGGGACCUAAAAUCUGAGACAAAAUCAGAUCUGCUCCUUUAAAAAAAAAACGAUGAGCCUUAAUCACAUUCUGUGUCGGAGCAGUUAGGAGGAAGUGGGCUUUGACAUAUAGCACAUUAUUUGUAAGGUAAGACUUGCUGUGCAGAACAUCCUCAUUCUGGACAUGUCCUCUGUAUCUUGAGGCAGCCUCCUGGGGAUGGAGGAGGGAAGAGAGAAACUACACCACCAAAACAUUUCUGGCCUUUGUCACUGCUGGGGAUUUGGUGUGUGAGGAUAAUUGGGAACCCUCACAGAGGUCCUGAGAGAUUCACACUGAGAGACUAAGUUCUGCCCCGUCUAUCUACCUGAGUAGAAAAACCAGUACAGGAUGCUUCCCCUCCUUUACCACAACGUUUUGCCUCUGAGGCUAAGCUGAUACUGUAUGUAUAUUAAGGCUGUGUGCUGGAUUUGGUGCAAAACAAGUUGAAUUUCCAGUGAUGCCCAAGAUGGAGUCUCCUCCUCAUCAAAGACAGUCAAAGGGGGAGAGAUGCUGCUGCUGUUGUACAGAGGUUACACACAUCUGUCGGCUCCUCUGUGGUUAACCACUUAAAAUGUAUUUUCUACACGCCUCUGGUUUAACUGUUUAAGUGUGUGUGUGUGUGUGUGUGUGUGUGUGUGUGUGUGUUAGUUAGUUAAGAAAGAAUGAUUAUCCACCUGGAAUAUUUUCAUUGAAUGCAUUGUAUUUUUUUCAAGAUAGUAUUAGAGAAUUAUAGGUGAAAUUAUUAUGAUUGAGAAAUCCACUUAUUUUUAUUCUGAUGAAGAGUCCCUUGACCCGAUCUGUGCUUCGUGGGUUUGGUAGUUCAACUGGUCAAAUCACAUCAGUGUGGCAUCCAUUUAUUUUUGGGUGCAAAAAUGUCUCUUGUUUUUUCAGAGAUUCAUUAUGAAGUGUAAAUACAGAAUCACAAAUAGCUAUCAAUGUCCUCUACACUCCAUAUUUUUUAUGUUGGCAAGACAUUAUGUAUGCUUUAAAUGAUGCUCAGCUAUUCUGGUUGAUAUUUUGAGUUGUCUGUUCAUGGUGUCUCACUAUAUUUUUGAUGCCUUGGAUGUUUUGGGGGUUUUUUAGAUUUAUUUUUCUUUAGGUCCAUAUUGGAUGGAAGUCAGUACUUGGGAAAAAAUAAUACACACUUUUAUGUUUGAGAGACUUCUAGUUUUUAAAGUUUUAUCACAUGUCUUUAAGAUGUUAAAGAAAGCUUAUCUCUCCAUAAACUAAUUUAGAUUUGCAAAAAAAAGGUAUUACAUCUUUUCACUGAGUAAUGAUCAAAACAAACCCUUGUAGUGUAUUCAGGGUUUACAGUCGGCUGCUGUAAGCCGUGCUAUGAUUCUGUUACUACUUAAGACUGUCAGCCAUAUUCACUUACAGUUAUUUUAGUGUGUUUGUCACUUUUGUAGAAUAUUUACAUUUGCACAACCAAUGUGAGCUCAUUAAGUGUAAUUUGUUAACCCUGAUCAGCGAGCUUAAAAAAUACUGGUAUUAUUUUAGUACACUUUCAUGCUGUCAACAUCUUAAGUACUACUUCUGAACUCAUUGGAUGUGUAGAGGGUCAAAUAUUCCACUGAAGAUUACAGGGAGGUUUAUCAUUGCUUAUGUCAUAUGACCAUUUGUUGUUGGAAAUUUGACCAUAUGAACCAGAUUUAUUUACCUGCAGUCAUUUGUCACAAAAAAAGAAAUUCUAAAUUGUGCUGUUUUCACCAGUUCACAGGGUACUUAAUUUCAGUUCACUUCGACAUUGAAGCAGUCUUGUAGCAUUUCAGGGCAAUUUUUAGAUCAAAUGCAGUCUUGAGAGUAUGUUUAAACGUGUGUGUGUGUGUGUGUGUGGGAGUAUACAGAACACUCUGAAUCAAAUGAAUUAAUGUACUGAAGGAACAUGUGAACAUCACCCCCCUUAUGUAUCUUAUGUAAUUAUCAAAUUGAGAUUUAAUGCAAUGUGAAUGUGAUAAAGUCCAUUUUACACUUAAA